AUGAAAUUUCAAAUUUUGUGUGGGCAGUUAAAAUACAUCGUUUAAUCUUUGAAAUAAUGGGUUUAUGGCCCAAAGACGACAAAUCUAAUACGAGUAAUUUAUGGUCGAAACUUCAUGCUGGCAUUAUUUUGUGUGUAAUAAUAUUUAUUACCAAUGUUCCAUUGAUACAUGCGGUUGUUCAAGUUUGGGGCAACAUGGUACUGGUAAUAGACAACUUACGUAUUGCAUUAAGUUUUCUAACAGUAUCAUUGAAAUAUGUUACUAUGCAACGGAAACAAACAGUUCUUUUGUCGACUGUAAAUAUGAUGGCUGAAGAUUGGAUGGCAUUCAAAUCGAAUACAGAGAGAGACAUGAUGAUAAAACGAGCACAAACUGCUCGAUUAGUCACGGUCAUUGGAUAUUUUUUCAUGAUAAUAGGAAUUCUUGGAGCAAUCAUUCCAUCUAUUUUUGGCAUACAAAUAAUAUCAAUAACAAAUCACACGGAUCAGCAUAAGGAGUUACUAUUCUUGACAUAUGAUUUCUAUGAUACAGAUAAGAGUCCACAGUAUGAAUUGACGUUUUGUAUUCAAGCUAUAUCGCUCGUGCUUGCAGCUAGUGUAUAUAUGUCUAUAGAUAGUUUUUUAGUGCUAAUAGUUCUUCACAUUUGUGGCCAGUUAGAAAACUUUAGAUGUCGACUAGUUAAUAUGAUAUCAUGCAAGAACUUCGACAGAACGUUAAAUAACAUCGUAGCGUCACAUUUACGUAUGAUCAGAUUUGCCAAUAAUAUCGAAAAUACAUACUCCUUAAUGAUGUUAAUUAUGUUACUUCACUUUGUUAUAGUAUUUUGCCUAAGCGGGUUCUGUUUAAUAUUAGAAAUGGAUGAAGUUAUUACAAUAAAAAUUUAUUUCUCGACAAUUAUGCUUACAAUCAUAUUAAUGAAUACUUUUUUGUACUGUGGUGCAGGAGAACUUUUAACGGAACAGCCGAUGACGCGCCGAUCACGCCCGAAGUUACCCGAGCCAUCUGUGACGUCACAAUGUUACAUACCGUAUACGAUAUCUGUUGAGAUUUUGAGUUUUUAAUAGAAAUGGCAACAAUUAAAACGUAUAGAACGUGUUUCGUCCCUCUCUGUGGUAGUACAACAAAAAGUACACCAAAUAAAGUGUUCGCGACAGUGCCACAAGACGUGAACCUUCGUAAAAAAUGGUUUAAUGCCGUUCGGAGAGAUAACCUAAAAAACAGCAAAUCGAACUUCUUUUGCUGUGAAGACCAUUUCAAUGUAAGUUUUUGCAGCCUAAGUAUAUGUUAAAUUUUUAAAUUAUUAUUUUUUUGAUAGGAUUUCAUCUAUUAAUAAUUUAACCUAAUUUCGUAACUGCAUCAAAAAUGUUUUAUAUUUAUAGCUGCGAGAGGAUAUGGAAAAUUAUCAGUAUCACAUGAUGAUGGGAGGUCCAGUAAAAAUUA